AUGACGGAAAGGAGAACUAUUGAGAAUUUUUUAAGCGAAAUCGACGAAGAUCUAGUCCAAUAUGCGAAACAAUUACGGAAAUAUGGAUUUACGUCGAACAACAGUAUGAAGCAUUGGGUAGAAGCGGACUUUCAAUUAAUCAAUAUGCAAGUGCCAGAGGGUCACAAGAGAAUGAUUAUGGAAGCCGUUUCGAGAAUGUCAAGGACAAGCCCUCAAUCAAAUAAAACCAAACGGAAAAAUACACCAACUGUAGGAGAAAGUCCAGAAUCAAAGUCCCACUGUGCUGAGUCUAGUAAGGCACGCAGUGUACGUAGUCCAAGACCAAGAAAUAGAAGAACUGACGGCUUUCCCAGGCGCAGACUUAACCAAGAAAUGAUCCGUUUCAGUAUGCUAGAGGAAGUUACUGAUUCUGAGAAUGAGGACAAUAUCAGGGACGAACCGGACGAUACAUUUGCAAAGCCAGUUGAUCGCCCCAAAACAGGCAAGUCUGUGAUCUCGCCAGUGGAGCGGUACAUAAAGUCCAAGGAAGCUGAAAUUCGCGUUACAAGUAUUGAAAUCGAGGAAAAAAGGCAAGAGCUUGAACAUACAAUAAAGCAAAUUGAAAAUGCCUCUUUACUGAUGGGAAAAACGGGACAAAAAUGUUCACAUUGUCAUCAAAGAAACCACACUGUAAGAUCAUGCAAAGAAAAUAAAUGCGAAUCUUCAUUAUUAUGUGGCUUGCUUUCGAAACAUCCUGACGAGAAAAAACAAUUUGAUGAAAAAAAACGCGCUGUUGCUGCCAGAGAAACAUCUCUCAAGAAACUACAACAAGAACUAACAUCCCGCCAAAAUUCGUUUUACCGUGUGAACAAUUCCGUUAACAUGAACAUUGAAGAUAUGUUAAUUCAAGAAUAUCCCGAAGAUUAUGUGAUAGACGGUACUCGCAACUGGUUAAAACUCCAGAAAGACGUCGCUCUUGUUAAAAAGAACAUCCGAACUAGCAGUGAUAUAACGCGAAGUAAGAUUAGAAGCAUACUAAGCACCAAUGCUGGGCUCAGCUUACCACCGAGAAUGGACAGCGAAUUUGAUAAUAAACCACAAAAAACAGCAAUGCAAUGUAAACUGGAGUCGUACGGGGUGAAUUUUCCAAUUAGAUCGAAGUCCAAGACGAAAAAAUGCGAGUCGGUCGACAUGGCUUUUUCCACAUAUUUGCAACCUAACAGCGAAGAUGAAGAGAUCGAACAGCUAAGAAUGGCGACAAAGCUUUCUUUGGUUACUAAAGAGCCGAGUAUGUUAGACAUUGCGGUCGACGAUGUUAUGAAUACUGGUGAGACACAGGGUGAGGCAUAUGAUCAUGGCAUGAGUGUUGAAAAGACAAACGAAGACUCGAACGAAGAAGCGGCAAACAUUCUUUUAGGCAUGAGCCGUGGUCGUGGUAAUAUGGAAAAUAACGAUCUGGUAUGA